CGCGUUGUUCCCAGUCAACACAGGGGACGUUGAACUUAACGCAAAAAAAGUACCCGGAUGACUGAAACGCUGAAGGCCGACUCGUGUGCUAAUGUGGCUAAAGUCAGGAGCUAACUUCUUCUUCUCUUAAACUACAAUGUUUGGUUCCUCCAGAUCUGGAGGCGUCCGAGGAGGACAGGACCAGUUCAACUGGGAUGACGUGAAAGUGGAUAAACACAGAGAGAAUUAUCUAGGGAAUUCUUUGAUGGCACCAGUAGGACGAUGGCAAAAAGGCAAAGAUCUGUCAUGGUACUCAAGAGACAAAAAAGGCGCACCUUUGUCCAAAGAGGAAGAACUCGCUGCUGUCAAAGCUGCAGAACAUGAGGCACUGAUGGCUGCUCUAGGGCACAAGAAUAUGAAGAGGCAACCAACAGGCCUGACCAAAGAGGACCUUGCAGACGUUUGCAGGAGGGAAGAGGCUGAUGGUGAAGAGAGAAAUGUGGACCGUGUCUCAGGCUUGGGAAGCUCCAGUGUAGGGCAAAGGAAAAUGGUGCUCUCCCAAAAGGAAAAGGAGGCAGCUAAAAUUGGCUUGCCUGUUUUCACGCACCACAAAACAGAAGGUUGUCCAGAAACCUCAACAACAACAAAGACGUCUCAGAGUGUAGAAAAGGGGGACAUGGAACAACGGCACGAGAGCAAAAAGAAAAAGAAAGAGAAAAAGAGCAAAAAGGAGAAAAAGAAGAAGGAAAAAAAGAAGAAAAGGCAAAGAAGAGACUCGUCUUCUUCGGAGUCAGACGACAGAAAGAGGCACAAAAAGGACCACCAUCAUCAUAAUCCAUCAUACCACAGUCAGAGUGGAGCCAGACCCCAUGACAGCCAUUCAAGGUGGGGAGCAAAGGCCGAGCGACAGCCCUCCUACCCCCAUCAUCGACAGCAGCGGCAUGACACAGACUCCUCCGAUGGGGGGUCUCCUGUCCCCCAUAACCCUGUCAGCCACAAGACGGCCCCUGCUGGUGCCACACAAAGCCACAGGCGGCGCCACGACACAGACUCGGAUGACUAAUGUCCUCCCCACCCCCCCAAUUCAAAGACGCAUAACGCGGACAGAACGCUCUACAGCAGCUCGACUGGCCCCCGAAGACCUCAUUUACCCUGAACAGCCUUAACGGACUGUGGAGGUCGAUGUGUCUGACUCGCAGGAUUUGGCCUCGUGUUUUAACUUUCUUCGCCCCAUUAAGUUGGUCAGUUAGUCAUGAUGGGACACUGGUUUCUUUUGUGUUUUUUUGGAUUGUGUUUGACAACAAGUUAAUUUUUAACACAUUUUUAUGUGAUUUUAAACCACCAAAUAUCACAUUUAUAAAUUGUCACAGGUUGAGUUUUUUUUUAUUUUUAUCUCAUUAGUGUAAAAUACAUUGCAAGAUAAAAUAUUUUGAAAGCAGAAAAAAAA